UUGACGUUUUCACUCUUUGUGCAUUUCCCAUCAUUUAAAGGAAAACUUUGUUUUAUAAUUUUGUUUUAAGAAGAUAAUCAAAAAACUAAAAUGUUUUGUUGUUUGCGUACUUGCCUCAAUGGUAGUAUAAGGAAAACCACCUCUUCAGCAAAUCGCCAACGUGAGCCAGAAAUAUACCUGGAUUCCUCGUUUGCAGGACCAGAUGCCAUACUACUCUCAAAACAGCUGCGCAUCACCGGCUCUGGCGGUGCUUUGGCUACUGCACCACUUGUACAGUCGAAGUCCUACUUUGAAAUAAAGAUCCAACAAAGCGGCAGCUGGUCAGUCGGCCUAGCAACGCGACAGGCAGAUUUAACGAAAAAGUUUGGCGGCUGUGACAAGGAAUCUUGGUGUCUGUGUUCAGAUAAUUCAACGCGACAUAACGAUGAAGUUUUCCGUCCGGUAGUGAUAACCACCCAAGAACCAACUAGUGCUAGCAAACAACUUAUAAAUGGCACUGCCGCUGCGGCAGGUCUGAUUGGCAUCGAGGAUGUACCUGAAGAUAACCUACUUAGCAAUAAUGUAAACGUUAAUAGCGAAAUUGGAGACAACAACUUGAUAAUGCAGCCACAACACAGUUUUCCAGAAGAAGGAGACAUUGUGGGUAUAGCAUUCGAUCAUAUAGAAUUAAAUUUCUACUUUAAUGGUAAAAGCCUGGAAGUGCCGUUUCGUAAUGUAAAGGGGACUGUCUACCCCGUUAUAUUCGUCGGAAAUGGAGCGAUUUUAGACAUUAUUUUGGAUAAAUUUCACUACGAACCACCAACAGGCUUCGACAAAAUCAUGCUAGAACAAUCUCUGCUUUAAAGCUUUCUGAAUUUUAAUAACGGACAUAAGUUACAGUAUUAAGUCAGAAAUAGUCAUAUUUAUCUCAAAAGAUAUAACUGAACACAUUGUAUUAUAUCUUGAAUUGUUCCAAUACACCAACUUAAUAAUAUGUAUGUAAAUAGAACUUGUACAUUAAUUUAAGAGAAUAUAUUAAUUAGGUAUGCAUACAUAUGUAUAUUGCUCUUCAACCUAGUCAGUGUAACAAUUUAAGUAUUAAAUGACCGUUUGCCAUUUCCUCGUUACAUAAAAGUCACUUAAAAUUCCACUUACAUGUCAACAAAAGACUUAUCCCUAUACUGCAUCUAAUAUAUUUUAUAUCAAAAUUAUAUACCUUCCUAAGAAAUAAUGUUGAAUAAUUUUGUAAUAUAAUCAUAAAAACUUUGUAUAAAAUGUAUUUGGCUUUGUCGCUUUAUAGUUAAGUUCAUUUACUAUACAUACAUUUAGAAUAAUUAACUCGCUUUUCUCCAGCAUAAUAUCUGCGAAUUUAAAAAUUAAAAAAAAAAAAUUAAAUACAUAACUACAUUCCAAAUAUAACUCAUAACUGUAUCAUAUGUACAUAAAGAGCAUAUAGGUAACUAAUAAAAUUGCAUAAUAAACAAACAUAAAGUAAAUCAAUCGCGGAUCUAUAAACUCAUAAAGCGGACAAUAGGGUUACCCGUUAAUUAGGCGCAUAAAGAAAAUCACAAAAUUAGUCCCCAGUGACCCCGUGUUA